AUGCAUGACUUAAGAGAAGAUCCACUACAGCGGCCUAUAGUUUACCUGGAUGAAACCUGGAUUAACCAAAACCAUUCAAAGAAAUACAUUUGGCAACAUUCGUCAAACGAAGGUGGUUUGCGUGUCCCAAUCGGUAAAGGUUCGAGAUUAAUCAUUGUUCACGCCGGAUCAGCAAAGCACGGUUUCAUUGAAGGAGCUGAGCUGGUGUUUCAGUCCAAAUGUACAGGUGACUACCACAAGGAAAUGAACCACGAAGUUUUCACAGAAUGGUUUGUAGAUAUGUUGAAACUCUUAGAUGAGGGGUGUAUUGUUGUUAUGGACAAUGCCAGCUAUCACUCAAAACUGAAAGAAAAAAUUCCCUCUUCAAAGACUAAAAAAAAGGACAUUACAGAAUGGCUAACCAGCAAAGGGAUACCUCACAACCCGAGACACACUGUCAGAGAAUUAUUAAACAUCGUCAGAAGUCACAGAAAGGAAUAUAAAAGAUUCGAAAUCGAUGACAUUGCUCUGUGGAUGGGGCAUGAAGUGGUGAGACUUCCCCCGUACCAUUGUCAGUACAACCCUAUAGAAUUGAUUUGGUCACAGGUGAAAGGGGAGGUGGCAGAGCAAAACAAAACUUUUAAGAUUAAAGAUGUGAGAAAUUUACUGGAAGAGUCUAUUAAACGUGUUACCGUUGAAGAUUGGAAAAACUGCGUGCGACACAGUGAGAAUAUUCAGAAAGAGGAUUUUUUAAAGGAAAUAGGCAUCCGUGAUGACAACUUCCAGCGUAUCGUAGUUGAUCUCCAGAACGACACAACUGACAGCGACAGUACCGAUGACAUUGAUAUGGAGAGCACAGACGGAAUCGAAUUCUAA